CACGUGACUUCCUCUGCUGCACCUGGAGCUCCGCGCAGCCCGGCCCCGCCCCCGGCCUCGCCAGCAUAAAAGCGCUUGCUUUGGCGUGUUCGGAGAUGCGAUUUCGUGCUCCGGUCGUUUCAGCGCCAGUUCCGUCGCGCCCCCGCAGGGCCUACCCGGCCGCCGGCUCGACACCUGUGGCCCCUCGUGCGCGCGCUCGCCGUAUCUGUAGUCACACCUAUCACCGCUUUGGCCAGGACUCACACUCGAGCAACGUCGUGGCCAUCAGCCAUCAAUUCCCAUCUGUAAUCCUCAACACCGGUGACAUCUGGCCACACUCGCAACCUUCUUCUCACCUGCGGUAGUACCUGACUCUGCGCCCGUGACAACACUCGCCGCGGAGGGUGCGCCGGCUCUUCCCCGCCCACCCCCUGCAGAGGGAGCAAUGGCCGUGGCUCAGGACAGUGGGGCCCCGCGCGUGCUCUUCGGAGACUGGCUUCUGGCCGAGGUCAGCAGCGGCCGCUAUGAGGGGCUACGGUGGCUGGACGCUGCCCGAACGCGCUUCCGCGUGCCCUGGAAGCACUUCGCGCGAAAGGACCUGGGUGAAGCAGAUUCGCGCAUCUUUAAGGCCUGGGCCGUGGCCCGCGGCAGGUGGCCGCCCUGCAGCAGCGGUGCCAGGUCAUCCAACGAGGGUGCGCUCCGAGCCUCCUGGAAAACCAACUUCCGCUGCGCCCUGCGCAGCACUGGGCGCUUCGUGAUGUUGCAAGACAACUCAGCUGACCCUACCGACCCGCAUAAGGUGUACAUGAUCAGCCCUGAGCUGGGGUGCAGAGAAGACCCAGGCAUUAACCAGGGGGAGGACAAAGCCCUUGAAGAUGCCCCACUCACAAGGGAUGGGCUUCCUGGGCCAUGCCAGGCAGCAGAUACUGGUGAGAGGCCAGGGCAUGAACCGGCCUGGCUAAGCCCUGAGCCCUGCACUGCAAACCCAAGUGAGCACGCUGGGGACCUCUUGCUCCAGGCUUUGCAGGAGAGCUCCCUGGAGGACCAUCUGUUGAAAGCUGUAUUGGGGGCGGAUCCGAUCCCCCGAGAGGCUCCUGCUGCAGGGCCCACCCUGGCCCCAGAGCCCAGACAGCUCCCAGACGUGGAGCUUGGCACGACACCCUCCUCUGGUGCCUGCACCCCAAUGGCAGGUGAGCACCCGGCUGGUCCCAGGUGCUCCCAGGUCUGUCUGCACGAAGAGCCCAGCCUGGGGGCCCUGGACUUGACCAUCAUGUACAAGGGCCGAACAGUGCUGCAGGAGGUGGUGGGGCGCCCAGGCUGUGUGCUCCUGUAUGGCUCCCCCAGCCUGGCUGCUGAGGCUGCAGAGCCCCAGCGUGUGGCCUUCCCCAGCCCUGCUGAGUUGCCCGACCAGAAGCAGCUGCACUACACAGAGAAGCUGCUGCAGCACGUGGCCCCUGGCCUGCAGCUGGAGCUCCGGGGGCCGUGGCUGUGGGCCCGGCGCCAGGGGAAAUGCAAGGUCUACUGGGAAGUGGGUGGGCCCCUGGGCUCUGCCAGCCCCUCCACCCCAGCCCGCCUGCUGCCCCGAGACUGCAACACCCCCAUCUUUGACUUCGGCACCUUCUUUCAAGAGCUGGGGGAGUUCCGUGCCCGCCGGCGCCAAGGCUCCCCACACUACACGAUCUACCUGGGCUUUGGCCAGGACCUGUCGGUGGUGAGGCCCAAGGAGAAGAACCUGGUCCUCGUGAAGCUGGAGCCAUGGCUGUGCCGGGCAUACCUGGAGGGCGUGCAGCGUGAAGGCGUGUCCUCCCUGGACAGCGGCAGCCUCGGCCUCUGCCUGUCCAGCUCUGACAGCCUCUAUGACGACCUAGAGCACUUCCUGGAGCACUUCCUGAUGGAGUGGGGCAGCCCGCCUAGGGCGGACCCCGGCCCCUUCGGGGUCCAGUAGAAACCCAAGAGCCAGCAUUGUGUCCUGAUCAGAGGUGGGCUUGGGGCUGGGGCUCAGCAAAGGCACCGUGGACUCAAGCUCACCCCACUUCCUGGGGGCCCAAGGAGGGAGCACCCCACUCUUUUCACAGUGAAGAAACUCAGGCCCCACUUUAGAGCCAACAAACUACGCAAAGAUCCCCACUGUCCCUCAGGACACAGACACUCUGCUCUCCCUGCCAGGUGGCAACUGGGGCCCCUCCGUCGGGAGCAGGGCCUCUGUGCUGCACCUAGGGGCUGUCCCUGGCCUUUGAAAUCUGCCAACACCACUCUGCCUCAGUGGAGCUGAGUAUAGGCUUCAGCAACUCUUUACAGAGCGUAACAGGGAUGGUAUAAGGGCUCCCUGGACAAGGGCCAGGCGCACAGAUGGCUGCCUGGGGGAGGCUGCCUGUGAGGGGGUCGAGGAAACCUCCCCGCACCUCUGGCCCAGGACCUUCCUUGGUCACAAAGUUCACCUUUCAAGUACUGAGCCAACUGAGACAUCUCUAAAGAUAAUCCAUUUUUGAUAAAUUAGAACACAGUGGGAACAGUGUGUAUCUAUAAUGUACAAAUAAAAAAAGUCUAGUUUUAAACUGUGAA